GAAUUCGCCCCCACCUGGGUAAUGGUGGUCACGUGGACCAACCUCCCGCCUUACGUCAGCGACUGCUACCGCUGGCGCUGGUACUAUUAUUAUUAUUAUCGUUACCGAUCUUACUGCGGCUCCACCAGGGUACAGAAUAUGCCGGUCAAUAACUUCCAAGCCGUCCUGAUGACUGACGGCCAGUUUGCCUUUGUCAAGUUCAUAUAUCCAGAUAUAAACUGGUUUUACGAAGAUUACACCAAGGCCAUCUUUGAAAAAUUUGUGUCCUCCUCCAUACGGUACGGGAUGCCAGUGGCGGGAUACAGCGCGGGGGACGGAAGUGAUGACCGCCAGAACACCUACUACAAUAUGCAAACUACUGGGAAAAGCGUCAUGGCGGACUUGGAUACAGUUGUGGGAAAUACCGGUGAGGCAGGUAUCUGGAUGUUUCGCCUGGAAGAAAACAGUGGUCAGGGAACAGCUCCUUUGCAAUGCUAUCAAUGGGCAAAGAAAGAAUAUGCACAUUACUCGGAGAAACUCAGUAUGGUUAAUUUGGAGCCAUGUCCAUGCAGCAUGAACCAAGCCUGGCGGGACUUAUGGUUUCGUUUCAAGUUGAGCAUCCAGGACUAUACUAGAGAUAAAAUAUGCUUCCGAACUGCUUUCCGGAUAAAUAAUUUGAGGCGGAGAUGUUGUUACUCAUAUUGGUGGCAAUCUUAUGGUUCUCUCCUGGUCGGUAGUCCAAAUGGAGGACAUGUGGUGGACGACACAAGACCAAAUUCAGAGGAAUACGGGUAUCAGAAAUGCUGCAUAGAGAGUUCCAACAUGUGCCAACUUUUCUACGUUCUUCUACCAUCCAGCGACUGCGAGGGAUACAAUCCGCCACGAUGGCGAACCAAUCGCGGAGACCCUCACCUCGUUACUUUGGACGGACUAAACUACACCUUUAACGGCCUGGGAGAGUUUACAUUACUGGACGUCGAUAGCGGAGAGAUGCAAGUUCAGGCACGGACGAGAAAGGUGUCAGACACCUCAAAGGCUACGGUCUUCUCCAGUGUUGCAAUACAGCUUGUCAACCACAGUCUCACUCAGGUGAACCUGAAAAACGGUACUGAGGAAGAACUGGAGGUUUUUAUAAACUGCACCAUGAUUGACAUUGGAAACUUUACCAACGAUACCAGCACACAUUCUUUGCUGUCUGAUACAGUGCUUCUCUCCCGUCCGGAGAAUAAUUCGUUUCAAGUAACGUAUGAAAACGGAAUCACCGUAUCUACGAAAGCUCUUAAGGGCGCAUUAUCGAUAAGCUUCGCAGUUCCUGUAACCUUUGAAAACCGCACUCAAGGCCUGAUGGGCGUGUUUAACAACGACAAAAGUGAUGACCUCACGCCUAGCAACGGUGCACCAAUACCUGAGACGUCAUCAGAAGGUGAUAUAUACCACCAGUUUGGAAUGACGUGGAUGGUCACGAACGAAACAACCAUAUUCUGCUACCAGGCUGGCGAGAGCUAUGAGAUCUACAACUUCCCUGACUUUACACCCAUGUUCACUGACAACAUAACGUUCGCUAACGCUACUCUCCAAGCGGCAGCUGAAGCCCUCUGUGGAUCUGAUAUGUCAUGCCUCUUUGAUACAGCCCAAACCGGAGAUCUCAGUUUUGGCGAGGCAACUCUCAGUGAGAAAAUUGCCAGUGACAGAGCUACCUCAGACUUAGAUAAUUUCCCUCCAAAAAUCACCGGGCCAAGAUCGCACAAGGUCGAUCGUGGUGUAUUGACCACCAUAACAACGAACGUGUCAGACGCCAAUGGUGACACAAUUACGUGCCAGCUCGAGACAAAUGGUUCUACUUCUGCCAACCUAUCGCAAGCUUCCGGCGACGAAUAUAACGUGGACAUUCUCAUCAAUUCCAUCUCGGAGGAGCUAAAUUUGAAGUUGAUAGCACAGGACACUAAUGACGCUAGGAGCACCUACCAGCCAGUGAUAGAAUACUGUCCUUGUGAAAAUGGUGGCACUUGCGCAUCACUUACAGCUUCCGAGCUGGAAGAAGCGUCUUCAUAG